AUGUUGCUUAAUGGAUAUAAGUAUCGUUUAGAUCGAAACAAAUGGCGUUGUACAACCAGUAAGUAUCUCGGUCGUUUACACUCUGUUAAUGGUGUUCAUAAUAUCAGUAUUGAUCAUAAUUACCCGCCAGACCCUGAUAAAAUUACUCAUGCAAUAUUUAAAUCAACUAUCGGAGAAAAAUCACUUGCAUCACAAGAUCCAUCUCGUCGAUUAAUCAGAAAUGCAGGACAAGCUAUCCAUCCAGAUGAUAUCAGUUCACUUCCAUCAUAUCAAGCAUUACAACCUACAAUCGAAAGACGUCGUAAAAAAGCGGAUCAUCCAUUAUCAACACCACAAAAGCUGAGUGAUAUUCAUUUUCCGCAAGACCUUACUGUUGCAACAACAAAUGAACGCUUAAUAUUAUGUGAUAUUAAUCAUCAUCAAGAUCGAAUUAUUAUAUUUGCAUCGGAUAAAGAUCUUGUAUCGAAUUCAGAAAGAUGGCAUUGUGAUGGCACAUUUAAGAUUGCAUUUCAGUUAUUUCAUCAGAUGUACACAAUUCACGGAACAACUAAAGAUAAAACUGUACCAUUAGUUUAUGCAUGCUUAACUGGAAAAUCAGAACGAUUAUAUGAAGAGAUGUUUAAUGAAAUUAUUAAUAAUAUUGUCAAAGAACCAAAAAUUUGUUGCUAUUGA